CAGAAUGGCAGGCAGAAUACGGUCGUGAAGUCGUAAGGGUCGCAGUCGUCGCAUUAACAUUGGACUCAUUGGAGAAUACGGCUAAUUGAGAAUCUAUGUUUGUAACUUGACAUCAGUAAACAAAAUAGAAGAGGGAAAAACAUGUUGGUAUCGUAGACCUGAAUCAUUGCAGUCGAGAGCCGAGUUUUACUUUAUAUAUUCAGUUCAACACGUGAAUUUACCAUUUUUUCAACUAAAAAAAUGAGAAAAUCGGAGAUUCUCGAAGCGAAAAAAGAUAAUACACUAGAGGAAGAGAAAAAAUAUGAGAAACCCGUGGUUGCAAAGACUGCAUACGAUCUUCAGCGACUUAAACUCAUGAAACUCAUGAAAAAUCCGGAAAAACAAAUUCUAUUACCUGAGCGACCAAAAUCCAAAACUUCACCAUCGGUACCAGAAUUUGUCAGAAAUGUAAUGGGAAGUAGUGCAGGAGCUGGGAGUGGUGAAUUCCAUGUUUACAGGCACCUCAGACGCAAGGAAUAUUCCAGACAGAAAUUUAUUCAAGAGAAAGGUCGGAAGGAAACCCUGGAUGAGGAAUAUCACAGAAAAAUAAUGGAAAACAGAGAGCAGGCUGAAAAAACAACCGCAAAAAAAAGAGCUAAGAGGUUAAAAAAGAAACAAAAACACAAAGAAACAGUAAAAGAAGUCAAACCUCUCCAGGGAAAUACAGAAAAGGGAAAAAUAUUUAAACAUGAUCAUAUUAAAAAUGAUAUAUCUGAGGAGAAAAUAGUGGCUGAACAGUCAAGUGAAGUGACAAACGGAGAUGCUAAUGUUGAAAAGACAACAAUGAUGUAAAGGUUUUACUGUGUACAAGAUAAUAAUAGAUACAAUAACCAAAUAAAUUUGUGCAACAAAAAACAGGCAGUUAGCUCAGAUUGAGAAACUAGUUUGGAACGAAUGGGUAUCUUGACGCAAAAUGUAUUGAAAGCGCUCAUGCUACUCCACCAAAUCUACGCGAAAUCAAUGAUGCAAAUACAACCAACGAAAUACUAAAA